AUGCCCAAUCCGGACAAUAUCCGAGGCUUAUUGGACACAAAAUCACCAAGAACAGCUAAGGAAGCAUUUCGUUUCGUUAAAGCCGCUGAAUAUUACCGUAAAUUUAUACCUCAUUUUUCCCAAAUUGCUGAGCCACUAUACAAAUAUGCACCUACAACAGCUCAACAACGUGACAAACGGUCUCAGUCAUCAAAAAUCGUACUCUCUUCGGAGGAAGGAGCAGCAUUUAACGAACUAAAACGUAUUUUAACAACUGAUUUAGUAUUCCGUUUACCGAAUAACGUGCUCCCAUUUAAGCUCCAAACAGAUGCUUCAGAUGAAGGUAUUGGUGCAGUUUUAAUCCAAACAUCUUCGCUAGGUGAUCAUCCAGUUGCAUAUCUCUCGAAGAAAUUCUCUCCUACCCAGAAAAAGUGGUCAACAUCUGAACAAGAAUGCUAUGCAAUUAUAUCAUCAAUUAAAAAAUGGAAUCAGUACUUGGAUGGACAGGAAUUUAUUGUAGAAACCGACCAUAAACCACUGGAACAGCUGAAUGAAAAGGCACAAGUUAAUAAAAAAUGUGAACGUUGGCGAUUACAAUUACAGCAAUAUCGUUUUAAACUUAAAUACAUCAAGGGCAAGGACAAUACCAUAGCAGACUAUUUAUCACGCUCUCCAACCGAUGAAUUCGAAGAAGAUCCAGACGAAUAUACCAGUACAUCGUCACAAUCUACACAAACGGAUGAUAUACACUCAAUUCAAACUCAAAUUCACCAGAUCGUCGGAUCGGUGACGACACGUGCUCAAGCAAAACAAAGUUUUCAAGAUGAUAAUAAGAGGAACGCGGUAUCAGAUCGUUCCUGCGAUACCAUCGAUGGAAAGAGGAAUGAUAAAACAUCGUUAGAUCAAUCCUGGGACCGUACAAAUGAAGCUCAUGUCUUAUAUCUUUUUCGUUUUGCUAUUCUAUUUUUUUCCGAUCAAAAACAUGUCGAUAAGAAUCAAAACGAAAAGAAAGGAAUAGGAAAAUGA